UCUGGGAGAAUCGAGGCUUCGCGGCGUAAUUGCCGGGUCGACGGCUAUCCAACAGAGCAAUCGAAAACGAUAUCGCGCGAUGCGUCGACCGCAUGCACGGUGUGUCAGUGGCGAAGGGCUGAAUCGGCGACAGCAUGUGUGCGCAGAUCGUGCCAGGCGAUUUGCAUUUCGAAUGCCGUCUGCUGCUGCCCCAGCUGUUGGUCGGGUUUGCCGCCGCUACGACGAUUUUAGGCCGCUGCUGACACGCCGUGCGGUCGACGCUCGCUGGGUAUUUUUUUUUUUUUUUUUUGGGAUGUUGUAUAGACAGACACAUCCGGUACGUCUGCUCCGUUUGCAACCUUCCGAACAAGCGAAGCCGCGGCGCGCAGAAAGCACAGGAGGGCUUUUGUUUGGUCGUUUGGUCGAAAGGCGCGCACACCUCUCCCCUCCGUUGUUUUGUGGCCCGCUUUCUCGGCCCGCUCGCUUCGUUUGCGCGCGUUAUCUGAUGCUUCCGACUGACGCCACCGCCGUUAUUCCGCGGCCGCCUCCCGGGGACGGCCCCGUCCGUCGCCUCCUCCUCCCUGCUUCAUCGCAGCCGGUGGUUGUUGGCUCUGGGCCCAGUUCGGCGUCGGACGUGGCCAUGGAGAACUACGAGCCUCUGCCGCAAUCGCCUCGAGCGCCCCGGGACCCGGUCUGCUGCUGCUCGCGAGACGAGAACAGCGAUGGAGAUGCGGAAGGCUGCGUACAGCUUCGAAACCCGCACCUGGCGAAGCUCAGUUCGGACCACCUCUACCACCUGGCCCUGUCCACCACCAUGCAUUCUCUGGUGGACAUGUUUGGUGAUGUCAAGUUUGUGUGCAUGGGUGGUGCACCGUCACGCAUGGAGCAGUUUGCUCGGCUGGCCAAGGAGGAGCUGGAUCUCAAGUUGCCCACCGGUACCGACCUCUGUGACCUUAGCCAUUAUGCUGGCCGAUACUCCAUGUACAAGGUCGGGCCCCUGCUUUCUAUAAGUCAUGGCAUGGGUGCCCCGUCGCUGUCCAUCCUGUUGCACGAAGUAUUCAAGCUGCUGCACUACGCACGCUGCAGGGACGUGCUGGUGUUCCGUAUCGGCACCAGUGGAGGCGUUGGUGUGCCCGCUGGUUCGGUUGUUGUGAGCACAGGGACAGUUAACGGCCUCCUCAGGGAAGAACUAAACAUGCACGUGCUCGGCAAACUUGUGUCCCGACCUGCCAAGCUGGACACGGCGCUGGCUGAGGAGAUUGCAGUUGAAGCCCGCCGCUCGCUGCCCGGGACAAAUGUGGUCAUGGGAAAGACGAUGUGUGCAGACGACUUCUACGAAGGUCAGGGCCGGCUGGACGGUGCCUUCUGCGACUACACGGACCAGGAGAAACUGCAGUUCUUGAAGAAGCUGCACUCCAUCGGCGUGGUUAACAUUGAGAUGGAGGCCACCCUCUUUGCUGCCAUGUGCCACCAUGCCGGCAUCAAAGGUGCCGUAGUAUGUGUGACUUUGCUAGACCGUCUGCAAGGGGACCAGAUCACCGUGCCCAAGAGCAUCAUGAAUGAGUGGCAGCUACAGCCCCAGCAUGUAGUGUUGCGCUUCAUACAGCGGCGCCUGGGAAUCGCUACGUCAUCACCGUAGUUAGUGCAGUUACCCCUUUCACCCCUCACCACUAUUUGCAGGUGCAGUAAACUUUCUUAACAGAGA